AUGGAGAGAUCAAACAACAUAGAGUUGAGGAACAACUUCUAUGGCCGUUCAAGAACUUCAACAUGGAGCUAUGGAGAUUAUGAUAAUUACCAACAGGAUCAUGAGUAUCUUCUAGGGUUUUCGUGGCCACCAAGAUCCUACACUUGCAGCUUCUGCAAAAGAGAAUUUAGAUCAGCUCAAGCACUUGGUGGCCACAUGAAUGUUCACAGAAGAGACAGAGCCAGACUCAGAUUACAACAGUCUUCAUCAUCUUCUUCAACACCUUCUCCCCCUUACCCUAACCCUAAUUACUCCUACUCUUCCAUGGCUACCUCUCCCACUCCUCCUCUCACCCUAUUUCCAACCGUUUCUCCUCCUUCCUCACCAGGUUAUAGGUCAUGUUUGGCCCGUUCCUUGAGCCCUAAGUCUAAACAUCUACCAGAAAACUCAUGUGAGACUAUGAAGCCAUAUCUUGUAGUCGAGGCUGAGGAGGCUAAAAGGUUGAGUAAGAAAGAUGCUUGCAAGUUCUCGAAGAAUGGUGAAUUCAUCAGCUUGGACCUCGAGAUUGGUUUGAUCAACGAGUCCGAGGAAGAUCUAGAUCUAGAGCUCCGUUUGGGUUUUGCUUAGAUGGUAAAGCUUUAUAAAACUUUAUGGAUCCAUAAAGGAUUAUAGGUUCACAUUAGAUUACUAUAUAAGACCUGCAGCCUUUCUAAGGGUUAAUUAGUUCCGUCUA